AAUACAAAUCCUUGAAAUUUAUCCCAACAAUGUGCAGCUUUUCGUUGGCGUCGUAUCUCUAGGCCAUAUUUCGCGUGAUAUUCAUAUUCAUCCAUGCGUUGGGCUAGUUCAAGCAAUUCCAUGUGUUCUUCGGCACUUCUUCUCACUUCCCACCCAUAUUAUUAUUGGCCCAUCGGUGGAUUAUCGCAGCAGACAAGUUCCGACACGCUCGCAAGCUUUGUACAUGCACCAUGUGUAUCACUCAGUGAUUGUCAACCUCCGUGCUGCUCGAAAUGCAAAUGUCAUGGAUUCUCCCGAAAUCAAGAGCGCUGAUGAAUAAGUACACCACUAGCCCAACUGAGGACCACGGACGGUGGAAAAAUCGCCAUUAUAGGUCUUUAUUGAUGUCCGCCUUGGGUGGACCUAUCGGUAUGCCUAUCGGUAUGUUCUUCGUUCGUGAUGGUUUCGUGCUGCGGCGCUGGGGAAUCGAUUUGAUUCAGCUGUAGG